AUGCCAGUUGUAAAUAAUUUAAAUUUUGAAAUAUUAGUAACAAAUAACCACUCAUUAAAGUUCCAAUGUUUUAGCUAUGAAGAUAAAGAAUCAUGGAUAAAACAACUUUCUGUAUAUACAAUUAAUAAAAAUAACAAUUCAACUACAACACAAAAUAAAUCAAGAGGUAUUUCAUUACCAGAUGUAAAAGUUGAUAAUCCAUCACAAGUUCAUCAUAGAAAUUUUAAUCAAUCAGCUCCAUCAUUAAUAUCUGUUGCCACAAACUCUGUUAAAGAUUAUUCCAAAGAUGAUCAAAUUGAUUUCUCAUCAGCUUCAUUCCAAGAGAAUAUUGAUGAUAACUUUGAUAAUUCUUUUGAGGGUAAUGAUUCAUCUGAUCAAGAAUCAACUGAAAAUGAAGAAUCUGAAGUCGAAGAAUCUCAAGAAUCUGAUCAACAAUCAAUAUCUGAAGAAUCUGAAGAAGAUGAAGAAUCUGAACAAGAAGAAUCUGAAGAAUCUGAAGAAGAAAUACCAGAGUCUUUUGAAGAGAGAGAACAAGAUCAUAAUUUUAUUAAACAACCGCCACAAUCACCACAAUUACAAACACAACAACAACAACAACAACAACAACAACAACAAACACAACCACAAAAACAUUUAAAUAGAGAAUUAAACGAGGAUGAGUCAUUUAUAAUUGAACUUUUUCCAAAUGUUGAAGUAUCUGUAAUAUUGGAUGCUAUGGAUUUUUGUGGUGGAGAUAGAGAUGAAGUCAUUGCAUUAUUAGCUUCUCAGACUAGAUUAUCUUUCCAAGAUUUAAAUGGUUUCUCACCUCUUGAUAAUAAAAGAAAGAGUAGUAUUGGUCAAAAUCUUAGACAACAACAAAAUGAAAAAGAAAGAAAACAAGAACAAUUAAAUAAAGAACAAGAAGAAUUAAAGAAAGAAUUAAAAAAAGAAUUAAAACAAUUAGAAAAUGAAGAAAAACAAUUUGAUAAUUUAAAUACUAACAAAGACUGUUAUAAUAAUAAUAAUAAAAACAUCACUACCACCACCACCAAUAAACAAACAACUCAAUCACCAAAAAGAAAACAAUCAUUAGCAACAAACAUUAAAAAACCAACACCAAUCACAAAAAAUAAUAAUAGUAGUAUAAAUACAAAUUCAUACGAAUCAAAUUCCUCAACUGCUUCUUUAACUGCUUUUUCACCUUCUUUAAUUUGGCAACCACAAAGUAUUAAUAAUAAUAAUAAUAGUAAUAUUAUAAAUUCAAUUAAUAAUAAUAAUAAUAAGUGUAUUCAAUUAGAUACACAAUCAGAUGAUGGUACAACAACUGGAUCUUUAGAGGAUGAAGUAUCAUUUGAAAGUCAUCAUAUUUCCAAAGAGAAUGAAAAGAUUGUAACAAUUGAACCACCUUCAUUUGUUUCAUUAAAUAUUUCAGGUAGAAGUAGAAGAAGUAGUAAAAAUAAUAAUAAUUGUACAGUUCCAUCACCAUCAUUACAUUCAUCAACACCAUCAUUACCUUCCCAUUCAUCAUCAUCACAACAACAACAAAUUAAAAAAUCAAAUUGGUCUUAUAAACCAUCUGCUCAAUCAUCUCCAACAUCUUCAAAUUCAACAACUGCUCCAUCAUCAUUAUCAUCUUCUCAAGAUCGUAAUGUUUUGAAUACAUCACAAGAUCGUAGUUUAUCAUCAUCACAAGAUCGUGGUUUAUCAUCAUCACAAGAUAGAUUUCAACAACAACAACAACAAUCAUCAUCCCCAUCAACUCCACUCAAAUCAUCACAAGAAAGACCAAUUACUCCAAAUAGUUGGAAACCAUCUUCAAAAUCUGGAACAGCUUGGGAUAUUUCAAUUAGAAUUGUUGGUUUCUUUCAAAUUGAUGAUCAUAUUGAAUAUAAAUUACAAGUAAUUUCAAAUUCAAAUGAAUGGUUCGUUUGUAGAAGAUAUAAUAACUUUUUAAUGUUGGAUAAAAAAUUAAAAAGUUCCGGAAUAAUUGAUAAAAAAGAUUUAGGUUUGACAUUACCACCAAAGAAAUUAAAAGUAGCAUCCAACCAAGUUGCAAAAGCUAGACAAUUACCACUUCAAAGUUAUCUUGUACAUUUAUUAUCAAAUUACCAAGGUAUUUUUUAUAAUAAUAAUAUUGUAAAUGUUUUUCUAAACUCUGAAGUGAAUAGUACUAUUUUCCAACAUUUUAUUAAUAAAACAAAGUGA